CAGGACUGCUUCGAGUCAGCUCUCCAAGCCUGGUGGCUCAGCAGUCCUGACCUGAGGGGGCUCCAGCACCUGGACUCCCAGAUCUUCCUUCAGCCCCGCCAUCUUCUGGCCCAGGCAGAGGGCAGAGACAUCCCCAUCUUGCAAGCUUGUGCAUUCUGUAACCCGCUAUAGUGACUCCAAGACCUGAAGCAAAGGACUCCUCCAGGGCUAGAACAUUUGUGUUUCAACCUCUGUGGCCAUCGGUCCUCAAGCACAGAUGAGAGGGAACUCAGCAACCCAGGGUGUCGGUUUGAAAACGAAUGGAGCUAGGCUAUCAGAGAGAAGGAGAUGGUGCCAGAGAAAUCAGCUAUAUCCUGUCUCCAGAGCUCCCAGGGACGACACUGGAUGGAACCCUGAGUAAUUCCAGCAGAAAGAAUGACAGCCAGGAGGGAGCGCACCCGUGGGAGGCCCUUACUGGUUCCAGCACUUUGGAGGAGAGUGCGGUCCCUGGAUCCCGCUGUUGCCACAAUGGAGGCACCUGCGUUCUGGGCAGUUUCUGCGUGUGCCCCGCGCACUUCACAGGUCGCUAUUGCGAGCACGACCAGAGACACAGAGACUGUGGCACCCUGGGGCACGGAGCUUGGACCCUGCAGAGCUGCCGCCUAUGCAGGUGCAUCUUCUCAGCCCUGUACUGCCUCCCACGCCAAACGUUCAGCCACUGUGACCUGAAAAGCUUCCUCUCUUCAGGCGCCAGAGGAUCAAGGGCAUGCAGCAUCCCGAGACUCCUCCUGUUGGCGCUCUGCCUCCUCCUGCAGGUUGUGUGUGGCUGGUAAGGGCUGAGGCUCCGAACUGCCAUGACAGAAUCUCCUCCUGAGCCUGCAAGGUGUCACCCUUGACUACCCAUGGCACCACAGCACGCCUGCAGGAAAGCUGGGUGGUGGGCAUCUGCUUCAGUGUUGAAUGCUGUAAAUGACCGAAUGGCUGAACUAUGCUGGAUCCUCGUGCUGUGCAAUAAAGACGUUCAACAGCG